AUGUUUAAUAAUUCCAACAUUUCAAAGGGCAUAGAAAUUUUAUCAAUUCCAUUUGAUCACUCAAAAUGGGAUUAUUCACAAUUAACGGAUCCAAAUAAUUUUCAAUGGAAAGUUGGAAUCACACCGUUCUCUAAUUUACAA